CCACUUGGCCGACGUCAUCGCGUCUCCACUGUGCAUACGCUUCUCUCUUUCCGCCACGGCGACCCAAACGAGGCGCGACGCACGCGCCGCCCCGCCCGGCGGCUAGCCGUGUCCGCCUCUGCCACGCCACCACGACACGAGUCCUCCUCCCGCACGGCACCCGGUCCCCCCCCCCCCCCCGGCGGUGGUGCGUCGUCGUCCACCGAUCCGUCCGUCCGCGCCGCACGCACGCACGCAUCCCGCGCCGCGCCGCGCCGGCCCAACCGAGCGAGAUUUUAAUUCGGACUCCGUCCCCGACGCGACGUCCACGACAAGUCGACAACCAACUCCCCCCCUACCCCUUUCCCACCGCCGGCUCGUUGCCCCCCACGGUCAACACGAGCGAGCCGGGGGGUCGAUCCAACGGCGGCCGCCCAAUGCCUCCGCCCCAGCGUCUCCACGUGCCCCCCUCCGCCUCGGUCACGGCCCACGGGCCGCCUCGCCGCUCGCCCGCCUGCCUCUCCCCCCUCCUUUUAUUCCCCACCGCCGCACCGGCUCACCGCUCACACCGAUCUAUCCGGCUAACCCCACCUGCCCCCGUCCGUCCGCCCGCCCGCCCGCCUCGGCGACUUCACGCGUACAAGGGGGAUUUGUUUUCUCUAGGGUUUCGUUCGCGAGGAGGAGAGAUCUGGUUGGGGAGAUGGACGGGAAGCCGCCGCCGCCGAACCCGAACCUGCCCUACCGGGAGGACUGCUGGAGCGACGGCGAGACGGCGGCGCUCGUCGACGCCUGGGGGAGGCGCUACGUCGACCUCAACCGCGGGAGCCUCCGCCAGCCGCAGUGGCGGGAGGUGGCCGAGGCCGUCAACGCGCGGCCGGGGGCGUCCGCGCGCCGCCGGCCGCCGCGCACCGACAUCCAGUGCAAGAACCGCGUCGACACCCUCAAGAAGAAGUACAAGGCGGAGCGCGCGCGGGGGACGCCCUCGUCCUGGUACUUCUACAGGGACCUCGACAUGCUCGUCGGCCCUACCCUCUCCGCCGCCGCCGCCGCCGGCGGUGGCGGUAGCGCCAAGAAGCCGUCCCCGCCCCGCGGGCUCCCCAUGAUGCGGAGGCGCCUGGAAUCGCCCUCCCGCUCCCCCUCGCCGCCGUCACCGACGCCGGCCGUGGCCCUCCCCUUGCCAAACUACCGCCAGGCGUCGAACCUCCCGUCCGCGGGCCUCCUCUUCAAUAAGAUGGCUGCAGCGGCCGCGGCGGAAUCUGAUUCAGAGGACGGCUACAACAACCCGAACAACAACUAUGAGGACGAUGAAGACGACGGCUCGCAGCAGUCGGCGUCGCGGUCCGUGUCGUCUCGUUCCGGUGGCGUUGCAGCUGCAGGUGCAGGUGGUGGUGGCGUCAGCAGCAGCAAGAGGAAGAGGGGAGGCGGCGGCGGCGGAGGGUUCGGGGAGCUAGCGAGGGCAGUCGAAACAUUUGCCGAGAUGUACGAGCGCAUGGAAUUCGCUAAGCAGAGGCACGCGGAGGAGAUGGAGAGGCAGAGGAUCAAGUUCCUCAAGGAUCUGGAGCUGAAGCGGAUGCAGGCUUUCGUGGACGUGCAGCUUCAGCUUGCAAAGGCAAAGCACGGGAAGCAUCCUGAUGGUGCCACGGAGAUGCUCAUGUCUCUCGCCGCGCUCCCGUUCCUCAGCACCCCUGCUUACCUAUGAUAAUUUAAGAACAAGAGUUUAGGUAAAGAUUUGUUUGGUCUCAGAUUUAUAUUGUGGUGGACUGGUGGUCAUAUUAGGCCUGUAGUGGAUUUUUCAUGCGAUUCCUAUAUGGGUACUGUUCCUUUAUAUUAAGCUGUCUCAGAUAUUCCAGCGUGCUUAAAUUUGGCAAUGCCUGGUUGAUAUCUCCUCAGAUUGGGAGGUUUACUAAGUUUGAAAUUCAACUGUCAAUUAGCUUUCUUCAUAUCA